UUUAUGUUUGGGCUUCUGGGAAUGGCGGUUAUGUUGACGAUUGUCAGGCGGAUGGAUACACGAUCAGCAUAUACACUAUUGCCAUUGCAGCCGUGUCAAAAUCCGGUGCGCCUACGUCAUACUCAGAAUAUUGCUCAGCUGUUAUGGCUGCCGCGUACAGUGGAGACAGUCGCAGCAAUGAAACUGAUCAGGACAUCACUACGACUGGUCCAUCUAACACGUGUGUGAACGAUUUCGAUGGCACUUCUGCCGCUUGUCCCUUGGCGGCAGGAAUCAUAGCACUCACGUUACAAGCAAAUAACGCCCUCACGUGGAGAGAUAUUCAGCAUAUAAUCGUCGAAACAUCUGUAACCGAUGGGCUUAAUAUCGAGUUCUUUAGUAAUGGGGCUGGAAAAAAAGUGAAUUCAUAUGUUGGCUUCGGCCUGAUGAAUGCAGAGAAUAUGGUAGAUGCUGCCGCCAGUUGGAAAACAGUACCGCCUGCCAUCUCGUGCUACGCUUCGUCAACAGUAUGGAAGUCAAACAUAUUAAGCGGCCUGAUCACAGAUAGAGUGGACCUGAGCGCAUGUAAAGUGCUCUACACGGAGCACGUGACCAUCAAAGUUAACUUUCAGUCCGCUUACAGAGGAGCUACAAUUAUAAAUCUGCAAUCGCCCAACUUAACUGAAAAAAACGUUCUUAGCAAUCGUGAUAAUGACAUCGACGCUAACGAGAUAACUUGGACCUUUAUGACGGUCCAUUUCUGGGGUGAAAGCGCCGCAGGCUCAUGGAUUAUAAGUCUGUUUGAUGUCUAUGACGUAAAUGUCGUGAACCUCUACGGAUGGGAAAUUACAGUGUACGGCACCGUCACAGACCCAUUAGAAGGAGCGCCGUCAGAGUCCUCAGCCAUGGCCACUGGCCUAACUGUCGGAAUCAUCGUCGGCUCUGUCGUAGCCUCGUUAAUUGUUGGAUAGUGAUUUACGUCAGAUGGCAGAAGAUUGGUAAAGUGAAGAUACAACCCUCUAACAAAAAUGAUGCUCGAAGUAAUGCUGGUUUGACAAAUUCUUUGUAUUGACAUAGUGCUGGUCUAGGUGUGUGUAAUACUGGAGGCUAUGCCGAUACUUUGACUUGUGGCUCUAUUUGCACGGAAUUGGUACCACAUUCCACCUUCCGCCAAUUAAACGUGCAGUGAGUAUAGAAUUCAUAUUGCACAAAAAGGAAUGGUACUGGUUAAAAUUAAGCUCUUUUGCCAUUUGUACAAAACAUCUAGAAAUACACUUGAUUGGGACAUUUGUGCUGUGUGAUUUUAUUUAAGCACAAAUAUGUCUCUGUGUGUGUCUGUUAUUUGUUUGACAUACUUCUUUGCACAAACGCAUUAUCUUGAAGUGGGUAUGCACGAUUUUUAUUUAUGUGUUAAAUUGUAAUAUAUUGAUAAAAUAUGUUACAAUAAAACAAAAUAGGCAAGGAAAAAUAUACAUCGAAGACGAAUUUCAUAAAAUGCAGCAAAUACAAAUUAGCUCCCGAGCCGAUUUUGACGAAGAUAUUUCGUACAUAUUUUCCUACAAUAAUCAAAGCAUUCGUCUUUUAAUAAGGAUCAGUGUUAGUGUUCGUGUGUCGUAUGAAUAGAUAACGUUGCAGAAACUUAAAAUGAUCCGUAAAACUAAAUUUAGAUUCACAUCGUACAUACAUACUGGCGAAUUCCACUGUACAGUUAUUUUCAAUUUCAGAAUUAAAUAUCUGGCUUAUUUCGCAUUUUUUCGACACAUGUUCUUCUUUAAUUUUAUUUUAAUUUAUAUUGAAAUAUAUGUAUACUAAGUUGUUUUCACAUUUUUAUAUAAAUUCAUAAAUAUUUGACAAAAUCGUACAUACCCACCAAUUUAAAUGGGCACGAAUCUCUAUGUUUGAUGUUAGUCUUUACAAACUUGAAUGCAUAAGAGAUGUUGCGAUUUUUAAUGAGUCAACGGUUGUUUAUAAACAAAGUUAU